GUGACUUGCAACGUGUUGUCGUGUUCAUUCACAAAGUUCCCAUCAUGUGAUGUUACCUUUUGUGGUGUUAUAGGCUACUGGCCGCUCGACAUCGUCUGGUGCAACGUGUGCGUGACUUGCAACGUGUUAUCUUGUUCAUUCACAAAGUUCUCAUCAUGUGAUGUUACCUUUUGUGUUAUUACAGGCUACUGGCCGCUCGGCAUCGUCUGUUGCAACGUGUACGUGACUUGCAACGUGUUGUCUUGUUCAUUCACAAAGUUCUCAUCAAGUGAUGUUACAUUUUGUGGUGUUACAGGCUACUGGCCGCUCGGCAUCGUCUGGUGCAACGUGUACGUGACUUGUGACGUGUUGGCUUGUUCAUCUAGCAUAAUGCACAUGUGCUUCAUCAGUCUGGGCAGGUAUCUGGGCAUCCGUAACCCGCUGAAGACCCGUCACACUUACUCCACUAAACGCUUGGUCGGUAUCAAGAUUGCACUCGUCUGGGCACUCUCCAUGCUCGUGUCGAGCUCCAUCACACUUCUCGGGCUGCACGACCCUCUGAACAUCAUGCCGGAGUCUCAUCUGUGCGUCAUCAACAACCGUACAUUCUGGGUGUUCGGAUCACUGGUAGCCUUCUACAUCCCCAUGGUCAUCAUGGUGGUGACGUACGCUCUCACAGUGCAGUUGCUCAGGCGCAAGGCGCGCUUCGUGGCCGAGCAUCCCGGAGAGGACUCGGAGUUGUUCCGGCGCCUGGGUGGUCGCUUCAAGCCCGUGGACCACCACCAGCGCUCCAUGAGUUCUCACAAGCUGGUGUUCCGCACCUCCGGCCGUGCCUCCGACAGCAGACAUGGCAACUCCAUGCGAGCCAUGAGCUCUUCACAGCCCGCUCUUUCGUACGCCAACGGGGGAAGUGGCCGUGGGGAGGGGGCAUCGUCGUGCGACCAAGGGACGCAGACUCCUGAGAACAUCGCUCGUGAGACCCGCAACAGUCGCCCUCGUACCCUCAGGUUACCCCUCAAUGUCACUCCCACAACCCUCAACCUCAGAUUUCUGGGGAACAGGAGCAAAAGGCAGGCUCUGGCUGCGAACGCUGUAGCGACAGAGCAGAAGGCCUCUAAAGUGUUAGGGUUAGUAUUUUUUACGUUCGUGUUCUGUUGGACGCCGUUCUUCGUGUUGAACAUCCUGUUCGCCGCCUGUCCGGAGUGUCACGUGCCAGAUCACGUGGUUGACAUCUGUUUGUGGCUCGGCUACGUUUCCUCCACAAUCAACCCCGUCAUCUACACGAUCUUCAAUAGAACUUUUAGGAACGCUUUUAUUAGGUUGCUAAGAUGCCAUUGCCACCGACUUGGCCGAUCUUCAAGAUUCCGAUCGGUGAACGACCAUCGAGUGACUACGCCAUCCAGCGCCAUCUCCGGGGCGAUGGCUCUUCCUCUCUCCCUCUCACUGCAGGGCACACCCCUCAUCGCCUCCACUUCCACCAACUGGUCCGUCAGCGACUCUCGGUCUCCAGGUCUUGCUCCUUCUCCUUCCAGCGCUCUCUCAGCAGUAUCUACCCUCCCCAUCGCCGUCGUCACGCCUUCUAACAACUCGAAUUUCACUAUUGUUAACAGAUCGUCCAGUAAAUUUCCUGAUACACUGUCUGUCAACGAGAAUUUUUAAAAGAAUUUAUUGUCACUUAACGUUUAAAUAUAUCGAUAUUUUUAAAGCAAACUGGCCAAAUAUAUAUAUAUAUAUAU